AGCUGUUUGUUUUGUUUUUCUCGCUCAGCAUCAACAGGUCGUGUGUGCAGGUAAUGAAAUUGUUUUUGCAAUAAAAACCACAAAAUAAUUGAAAUUUGUUUACAGAAUGCCAUACAAAGUAGUGCAGACGAUUGAGGAUGGCGAAAUCUGCCUGAGUGUCAUUCCCAGUGGGUGGGAAUCAAAAGGAAUCCUCCACUGGCCUAAGAAGCACCUUGUCAACAAGUUGUCGCAAGUGGAAUCAUCGGUGCCGGACGAAAGAUGGGAGCGGAUGAACUGUGUGUGUAAACGGGAGUUCAAAACACGUUCCGAAGCAGAAGCUGAGAUGGACCGGAUGGAGAACAAAUCCGAUACGGAAAUUGAGGAGACUCAUGUGACGCUUCCACCCAAGAAAAAGCUCCGUAAUGACCCACCGAGCAAAUCUCAUGAGACGUUCGAGCCCCGAGAUUUUAACGCAUUGAUCACCUCUGCCACAAUGGAUCUGCAAAAAACGGAAGCUGGUACCAAUCAGGAUCAGGAUGUUCCAUUGGAUUCAUCCAUUGGUGAUCAACAAAUUAUUUUCGUCGAACCGCAGUGCACAAUAACCGAAGGGCAAAUGACCGAUUCUUCCCAGCUGAUUUAUUUGAACACUAACAGUGCGACCUCUGACGCCACAGGAUCUGCCGAGUUGCAAACCAUAAUUGCUAACCAGAACACCAUCAAGGACAACCAAACUAAAAUUAUGAAGUCCAUGGCGAAUAUGCAGACAACGUUGAAUUUUCUAGUGGACUCUGUGGCACAAAAUGAGGUACCGCAAAAAGUAGAGAAGCAAAAGGAAUCAGGCAAUGAAGUCAUCAACCCCAUUGACAGUUUGGAGGAUCUUUCAAACUUAGAAAAGUACUUGGACAACGAAUACAAUCUGCAGAACCUAUCAACCAGCAUGGCUUUCAUUUGUGGUACCAGUGGAAAAGCACAAGGGAUCGACUGUUGCUACAAGCUGGUUGAUUAUUUCUUCACGCGACGAUUCUUGACUCAGUGCUCUUGGACGGGUGCGGCAAGAUUGACAGACGGCAAUGCAGGACAGCAGGAAAGUGGACCGUCUACAUCUGGAGACGUUGCUGGAAAGGUGCCAUUGAAAUUUUUCAAAAAAACUCGGCAGUUGUUUUUGAAUCUUGUAAUGCGGGCUGACAAGGACUUUUCAGAAUUGGAAAGCGAAAAGUUUUUCAAAACUGUUUUGAAAAACAGUAAGCAGAGGACGACAGCAAAAACUCUAACUUCCACACACAAAAAUCGACCGAAAAAUUUGAAGUACAAAACAAGCAAACAUAAUGACGAGAAUCAACCCACCCAUCCUGACGGUGGUAAGGAUAAACCCAAGGAGCAGGAGAGUGGUGAAGGAGAAGAAGACAAUCAAGAACUAUGUGAAGAUGGAAAGGGUUAACAUCGGGAUAAGGACGACAGAAUGAGAAUAUAUGUCAACGAGAGUGAAAAGCAAAAGAAAAGAAAAGAUCCUAAGGAGAUAUAAAUACAACAAAACAGGACAAGGAACAGAGAGAGAGGACAGACAAACAAAAGAAGAGGAAAAAUAAAAAAAAGAGAAAUGAGAAGACGAAAAGGAUUAACAUCGGGAUAAGGAAAACGGAAUAUAAGUGAGCAAUUAUAUGAUAAAAAAACAACAAAAGAAAAGAGGAAAUCCUAAGGAGUAACAAAAAUACAACACAAAAAUACAGGAAAUAGAGAGAGGUGACUGUACAUCAAGAUCAGAUGUAAGAUUGAACAAGUAAAAUAUAUUUGUUUUGGUAUUUCGAUUCGUUUUGUUUUAUUUACAGCAGACUGUGAAGUAGCGGAAUAAACACGGUUCCUUCUGUCUUCAGUGGUAUUGCAACCAUUUUACAUUUGAUGGUAGAUGGAUCAAACUCAGUUAAUACAUUUAUGUCGCAUUGCGAACGAUAAACGUUCAAAUGACUUGAUUUGAUAGGAGUGAUAAAAAAGUCAGUUAUGCGUUUUAGCGGGAAACCAGAAAUAGUAAGCGUUUUGUUACAUUGUGCCACAUUUUCAAACAUAACAAUUUGAUUAGUUUUUGUUAAGAACCACUUGUUAGCUGAAUCGUUGCUCAAAGAGUACUUUUCAAAAUCGACUCUGGCAUACACUUUUGUGUUUGGAUCAGUAUUUGAAUUUGAAAUUUCUUUUUUUCAUAAUUGGAACGUGCUUGCUAGUAGUCGUGUUAUUUACCAUUUGGUUCAGUUCGCUGAUGCGCCUUGCGACUUGGGCUAACGGUUUAUGGCCACUGCGAAUCAUAUUUUUGAUUCUGUAUAGUUUACUUUCAAACGGAUAGGCGCUAAAUUUAGUAAGGAUACCAAACCGUUUAACAUCAUCGAUCAAGUGAUUGAGAUUAUGAACAUUACUAGUAAUAAAAUCUUCGCCAUAAAUUUUAGCAUAACAUUCAACAUAGUGCACAAGCAAAGUGUGUGCUACAUCAAUUAGGUUAGCAUAUGCUUCUGAAGAACAUAUAGUAAUCGCACAAAAUAAUGUUAGAAAGUGUUCAUAUACAUCAGAGGGUAAAAAUGGUUUUAAAAUAGCAAUACCAAUGUAGUACAAAAAUGAUCGAAACUCUAAUCCUUUCCAGUGACCUAAACUAUCUAGUCCUCUGACUGAUCGAUGGAUCUCACGUGGAAGCUUGAUUUGAAAUAAGAUCUGUGAUAUAUCGGAGAUAUCCUUGGCAGACCACUUGCUUCUGUAGUUUCCAAACUUUCCGUCUCUCCAUCCUAGUAGACAUCUCUUCAUGAUUCCAAGAUCGAUCAAAUGAAGAGAAUCGCCUACUGGGAAGUCAGCGAUCAUAUCAAGUGGCAAUCGGAGCAGAGGUGAAUCAGUUUUGUGAUGGGAUCCAUAAACACGUUUUCGAAAUCCAGAGUCUGUUCUCUUCAAACUGUUUGUUUGGGGAUAAUAGUUGCAAUGUGACAAGUAUGAGUACUCUCCGGAUACUGUGCAUUUCUGGCAACCGUUUUGUGCGUUGAAGUAGGCUACACCUGUAAUUAGAAAAAAUAUAUAUGUGUUCAUUCUGGUUUUGAUUGUAUGGGUCAUUU